UGCCUUAAAGAUGAACACACGCAUGACUGUAUAUGCACACACACCUGUGACUACACGCUAGUCUUCAGGUGAACCUUUAAGAAACUUUUGUGCAAUGGCAUCACAAGGAGAACUUGGGAAAUGUUACAAUCGCAAAAGACAGAAUAUAGCAAUGGUCACAACAGGUACCAGAAUGGCUGGAGGUAGGAAGCAGAGAUGUCAUGCAGAAGCACAAAAACAGGGUGAAAGCAUUAAAGAAGUAAAAAAUGUACAAGCUGGCACAGCAGAUGUCUCUGAUUGUAUUCGCCAAGAAAUUGAAAGCUAUUACCGGCUCAAGAUGCCUGAAGACUUCUAUCAUUUCUGGAAAUUCUGUGAGGAAUUGGAACCUGACAAGCCAUGUGAUGCUCUCAAAUCAAGUAUUGGACUUCAGCUUGUUGGACCAUAUGACAUUCUUUCUGGAAAACACAAUACUAAUAAAUCAAAAGAAAUAAAUUUUAAUCUUCACUGGAGAUUUUUUUAUGAUCCUCCUGAAUUUCAGACAAUUAUUGUUGGAGACAAUAAAACACAAUUUCAUAUGGGAUAUUUUAGGGAUAUACCAGAUCAACUGCCAGUGUGGGUUGGUGAAACUGAAACCCAGAAAGGCUAUACAAUUUAUCAAGUUGGUGACAAUAUAUUUGCUGCUGUAAAGUUAUUUUUGUCUAAAAAGCUUAAAGACCUGACUAAUAAAAAGAGAAGUGGCUUAUUAAGAGACACAGAUGAAAAACUAACUAAAACAGCAAAACAAUUGGGUUACUCGCUGGAACAAAAAAGCUUGAAGAUGAAACAGCGAGAUAAGAAGGUAGUAACAAAGACAUUCCAUGGAGGUGGUUUAGUUGUUCCUGUAGAUAAGAAUAAUGUUGGAUACAGAGAGCUUCCUGAAACAAAUGCAAAUCUCAAAAGAAUUUGUAAAACCAUUGCAGAUGCUCCUAAUGAUGACCAGAGAUUGAAAGCCUUUGCUCCUAUACAGGAAAUGUUAACUUUCGUUCAGUUUGCUAAUGAUGAAUGUGACUAUGGAAUGGGAUAUGAACUGGGCAUAGACCUCUUCUGCUAUGGGUCACAUUAUUUUCACAAGAUUAUCAGCCAGUUGUUGCCUCUUGCAUAUAGUCUGCUGAAAAGAAAUCUGUUUGCAGAGAUAAUUGAAGCUCACUUAGCUAAUAGAAGAAAAGAGAAGGUAGAUCUAUUUGCAGCAUGAUAAACACUAAAAUACUGUAAAAUACUAUUGUUAUUUAUGAAUUUUAAAUUUUUUCUAUUAAUGUGUACUGUG